UCAAGAUACUUGCGAAGUUGAUACAAUAAACAAUAUUAAUAUUUUAAACAGUACUUAUUUGGAUCCAGAUCAAGAAUAUGCCUUACUUGAUAAUGAAAGUAAUUGCAGUUUUACUGAUCAAUCCUUUGAAAUAUCCAGAAUACCUACUACAGAUAGUAGUAGAAAUGAAAAUAUAUAUUUGGAUAUAUUUAGUAAUAAAGUAGCCUAUGAAUUGGCAUUAGAUUAUUUUAAAACAUUAUCUAAUAAUAAUGAAAUACAGAAUGAUAUUGAUUGGUUAUCUAGUAAUUUAGAUAAGUUAACAGAUACCGAAUCAUCUUGUAGUUUUCCAUUAUCAGUAGAGGAAAAUAAAGUAAAUUAUGAAAUUAAAGAAAAUGAAUAA